AGCUUGAUGGAGGUGUGGCCGGAAGAGGCGAGUCUCAUUGGCAGGGGCGUGGCCGACGGUUUGUGCGGAACAUGGCGGAGCGCGGGAGAAAGCGCCCGUGCGGCCCGGGUGAACACGGCCAAAGGAUUGAGUGGCGAAAAUGGAAGCAGCAGAAGAAAGAGGAGAAAAAGAAAUGGAAGGAUCUCAAGCUGACGAAAAAACUGGAGCGGCAGCGGGCACAGGAGGAACAGGCAAAGCGCCAGGAAGAGGAGGAAGCAACGGCAGAGAGGGAGGACCGCGGGCGGCCCUACACCUUAAGCAUAGCCCUGCCGGGCUCCAUCCUGGACAAUGCCCAGUCGCCGGAGCUUCGCACCUACCUGGCCGGUCAGAUUGCCAGAGCCUGCGCCAUCUUCUGUGUGGAUGAGAUUGUGGUGUUUGAUGAGGAGGGCCAGGAUGCCAAGACUGUGGAGGGGCAAUUCACAGGAGUUGGCAAGAAGGGGCAGGCAUGCGUUCAGUUGGCCCGGAUCCUGCAGUACCUGGAGUGUCCGCAGUACCUGAGGAAGGCGUUCUUCCCCAAGCACCAGGAUCUACAGUUUGCAGGGCUCCUGAACCCCUUGGACAGUCCCCACCACAUGCGUCAGGACGAGGAAUCUGAGUUCAGAGAGGGCGUCGUGGUGGAUCGGCCCACCAGGCCAGGCCACGGCUCCUUUGUUAACUGUGGCAUGAAAAAGGAGGUGAAGAUCGAUAGGAACCUGGAGCCCGGGCUUCGGGUGACCGUGCGACUGAACCAGCAGCAGCUGCCAGAAUGCAAGACCUACCGUGGCAAGGUGGUGUCAUCGCAGGACCCUCGCACCAAAGCUGGUCUCUACUGGGGCUACACCGUCCGUCUGGCCUCCUGCCUCAGUGCUGUGUUUGCCGAGGCCCCCUUCCAGGACGGGUAUGACCUGACGAUCGGGACUUCAGAGCGCGGCUCGGAUGUGGCCUCUGCCCAGCUUCCCAACUUCAGGCAUGCUCUUGUGGUGUUCGGGGGCCUCCAGGGGCUGGAAGCUGGAGUGGAUGCUGACCCCAACCUGGAGGUGGCUGAACCCAGUGUCCUCUUCGACCUGUAUGUCAACACAUGUCCUGGCCAAGGUAGCCGCACCAUCCGCACGGAGGAAGCCAUCCUCAUCUCCCUGGCUGCUCUGCAGCCUGGCCUCACCCAGGCAGGUGCCCGGCCCACCUGAAUGUUCUAAGGGGUCCAGGACAUCAGUGAAGCAGUAGUGAAAACAGAGGCUCUGCAGGUCACUUGGGACAGACACAGACAGACUGGCUCCAAAAAUCCCCACCUUUAAUGCUCCCUGGCCUGUACACACCCACAGUCUCGCUGGGCUCUGCCCUCACUUGCUGCCUGCUGUGAUGGCCUUGAGGCUGCCUGCCCGCGCCAGGAUGUUUGGCACAAACAGCAGCCCCGAGGCCCGCUCGAUGCUCUCAACGGGCACCAGGAAGCGCUCCAGGGGGAUGGCCUCGUCCACAGGCGCGUUGGGCAUCACAUAGGAGUGGAGCUCGAUUUGCCCGCCUGCUGCCUCCAGGAUCAGCACCUUGAAGAAGUGUGUGGGCACUGCCACAUGGUUCUUGCCAAUGACCUGGUACUUCACAUAGGAUUUCCCAUCAGCCUCUGUCCUGUGGGAAGACCCAGGCACACAUGGGCAGGAGGCCCGGUUGAACCCAAGGCCACCUCUUCCAGGAAGCCUUCCCUGAUGCGUACUCUAACUUCUGUCAACCUGGCGGACCACCCUCUCACUGUGAGACUUCUUUGCCCUGCCUGGCUCCUGCUUGAGGCUAGAACUCUCUUCGGGGUGGAGGCUCUUUCCCUCUGUUUUCCUCAUGCCCAACACUGGGUCAGGCGGAGUGGGGGACAAUAAACGCUGCUAGAAGAAUUGA